AGAGAGAGGGAGAGUGAGAGUGAGAGAGACGAGAGAGAGAGCAACAGAGAGAGAGCGAGAGAGAGCGCUGCAUGCUACUCACUGCCCGGCAGGAGCACCAGAGGAGAUGGAGCUAUAGUGCUGAGAACGAAAGAAAAGAAGGGUAGUGUGACAUAGAGAAAGAUAAUAUAAGAGGAGAAAGGGAAGAGGGGAAUCUGGGGCAGAUGCACAUUAGUGACAGACAUUAACAUCGGCAGGCUGGAGCAAGAGAACGUGAAAGAGGCUUGGAGAAUAACACAUCAUAAGAGGAGAAGAAGCGUGAGAGCUGAACGCCGUGAAAGAUGACAGAGCACCAGUCCUGAGAUCAACCCUCAUCCUUCCCCCUCUCCUCACCUCUCCUCUGACCCCAUCCCCAACAUUACCCUCCUCCCUCUCUCUCUGUGGUUAGACAAGACAUGAUGACCGGUCCUGACCCGAUUCCACUCUCAUCGCAUCCCUUUGGAAUCACUCCAGCUUCUCUGGACUUCUUCUCAGCAUUCUGACUGGCACUCUUCCGACCACUUUCAGAUAUUCUCUCCAGGAGAAGACAAGAAGGGGGAAGUUGUCAUCUCCUUGCUGUGAGGACUGACUUUUUUCUUCAGAGGGAUGAUAAGGACCUACACCAUCGAGAAGACUUCCAGGUCACUCUGAGUUACAAAACAAGAACACUGAGAAAGAAGACAGGACAUUUUAACACAGAAAGAAGACAGGGCAUUUUAACACGGAAAGAAGAGAGGACGUUUUAACAAGGAAAGAAGACAGGACGUUUUAACAAGGAAAGAAGACAGGACAUUUAAACACGGGAAGAAGACAGGACGUUUUAAACACAGAAAGAAGACAGGACAUUUUAACAAGGAAAGAAGACAGGACAUUUUAACACAGAAAGAAGACAGGACAUUUUAACACGGAAAGAAGAGAGGACGUUUUAACAAGGAAAGAAGACAGGACAUUUUAACAAGGAAAGAAGACAGGACAUUUAAACACAGAAAGAAGACAGGACAUUUUAAACACAGAAAGAAGACAGGACAUUUUAACACGGGAAGAAGACAGGACAUUUUAACACGGGAAGAAGACAGGACAUUUUAACAAGGAAAGAAGACAGGACAUUUUAACACGGGAAGAAGACAGGACAUUUUAAACACAGGAAAGAAGACAGGACAUUUUAACAUCAACAGGUCAUUUCAACAAAAGAUCAAGACAUUUUAAAACUUUAUCUCAGUCUCUCUCUAUUCAUCCACUUCUCUUGGACUCUCUGUCCUGUACAUUUCUCUGUGAGUGUCAGUCGGUCCAUCCAGCUCAGCCAUGCAGGUGUCUAUAGCCUGUACGGACCCCCACAUGAAACGUGGAAAUGGGGAUCACAAGAAUGCCACCAGCCCGGGGAAUGCUGCCCGGGCCAAGUUCAGAACCGUGGCCAUCAUAGCACGCAGCUUUGGGGCGUUUGCACCCCGACACCACAUCUCCCUCAAAGAGUCCACAGGGAAACUGACCGGCAUGAAAUACAGGAACCUGGGAAAGUCAGGACUCAGAGUGUCAUGCUUGGGACUGGGUACAUGGGUAACGUUUGGCAGUCAGAUUACAGAUGAGGUGGCCGAGCAGUUGAUGACCAUAGCGUAUGAGAGUGGGGUCAAUCUGUUUGACACAGCGGAGGUGUACGCUGCUGGAAAAGCUGAAGCCAUAUUGGGUAAUAUCAUCAAAAAGAAGUCCUGGAGACGAUCAAGUCUGGUCAUCACUACCAAACUAUACUGGGGAGGAAAGGCAGAGACUGAAAGAGGCCUUUCAAGGAAACACAUUAUUGAAGGUCUGAAGGGCUCUCUCCAGAGGUUGCAGCUGGAAUACGUAGAUGUGGUCUUUGCAAACCGCCCCGACACCAACACGCCCAUGGAGGAGAUUGUGAGAGCCAUGACGUAUGUGAUCAACCAGGGGAUGUCCAUGUACUGGGGGACGUCUCGAUGGACAGCCAUGGAGAUCAUGGAGGCGUACUCUGUGGCCAGACAGUUUAACCUGAUCCCUCCGGUAUGUGAGCAGGCUGAGUACCAUCUCUUCCAGAGGGAGAAGGUGGAGGUCCAGCUUCCAGAACUCUACCACAAGAUAGGUGUUGGGGCGAUGACGUGGUCUCCGCUGGCCUGUGGCAUCAUCACAGGGAAGUACCAGAACGGCAUCCCAGAAACCUCCAGGGCAUCCAUGAAGUCGUACCAGUGGUUAAAGGAGAAGAUAGUGAGUGAGGAUGGGAGGAAACAGCAGGCUAAGCUGAAGGAGCUGGGACACAUCGCUGAGAAGCUGGGCUGUACACUCCCACAGCUGGCCGUGGCCUGGUGUUUAAGGAACGAGGGGGUGAGCUCAGUCCUCCUGGGAUCCUCCAGUCCAGAGCAGCUAACGGAGAACCUAGGUGCCAUACAGUUCCUUCCAAAGAUGACGUCUCAUGUGGUGUCGGAGAUUGAUCACAUACUGGAGAACAAACCGUACAGUAAGAAGGAGUAUCGCUCCUAGACACCCAGGAGGAAGCAGAACCACUACUGUACAACCACUGUGGAUCCGGUUCCACCAACCACCUGGGUUCAGCCUCCAUGGGGUUUCCGCUCAGUCUAAUCCAGCCCAGUUCAGGCCUGCUCAGCUCAGCCCCAGCCUUCUUAGUCCAGUGUAACCAAGCUCAGUUCAGCCUAACCAUGCUAACCCUCUGCCUAGACCAGCUCCAGCUCAGCUUACUCUAUCAGUAGAUAUUCUGACUACUGAGUUUAUUAACCAUGUAGAUGCAUGCUUCCCCUCUCUGGUGUGCCUGGACUUUCUCUUCAAAGGCACAUUAUACAAAACAACACAGAAAGGGGAUACUACUUAGAAUAUACCGUAAGAAUGCAUUUUGAAAACAAACUCCUCUCUCCAGCCAGUAUACUGCAUUUGACCACUGUUUGACCUCGCAAAGCAGAGCACCCUGGGACAGUGAGUUUCAGCGACAGGCAUUUGUUCUGUCUGUGAGGGGAAGAAUGUGCAUGUUGUCGCCCCCAUCUGGUCGUAUGAGAAACUGCUAUCCAAUAGCUUCAAUAGAUUCUUCGUGAGAGAGCGCAGGAGAAUCUCAAUUCCAUACUCCUCGCAUCCUCUCUCCUCACCAACUUCUCAAAACCCAUUGGAGGAGAAGGUCAGAGGGGAGAGACCUCUGGCUUUCUCAUCCAAUGGGUUUUGAGAAGGAGGCGAGGAGAUAGGAGGCGAGGAGUAUGUAAUUGAGAUUCUCCCCCUUGACUCCUUUCAUCCUCUCUCCUCGCCUCCUUCUCAAAACCCAUUGGAGGAGAAUGUUCGAGGGGAGGGACCUGUGACUUUCUCAUCCAAUACGUUUUGAGAAGGAGGAGAGGACGCUGGGAGUCAAGGAAAUGCAAUUAAGAUUCUCCCAGUGGCCUACUGUCCUGUAUAGUGUCUGUCUGAGUGAGCAGGUGGCCUCCUGUACUGUACUGUAUACUCUCUGUCUGCAUCCAUAGAGGAGAAUCCUGCCUCUCCUCCUCCUGCCUGUAAUUUGAACCUGCAUCUUUGGUUGCUGACGGGAAUCUGGGAUAGCACAAGCCACUCUGUGACAUGACCUGCCACCAGACCAAUGUUACCUGUGGGUGUUGCUUGUUAGAUAAUGUGAAAGAUAGGUGAAGUAUUUAGAAAGAUGUAAAGGCCUAUACCUAUUCUAUAAUAGCACGUGAAAAUAAGUUUCUUCUGUGUGUUUAGAUUUUUUUUACUUUCAGGGGUGUAUAUAUUAAACUUUAUGGGGCAAACCUUGUAACGUAAGCAGAACAGACCUCAAGCCCCCUUUGUUGCAGAUGAAACUAAAGUAUUCUAUAAAUAACCUAGAAGUAUUCUAUAAAUAACCUAAAAACUACCUAUAGGUAUUCUAUAAAUAACCCAUAAGUAAUCUAUAAAUAACCUAUAAGUAUUCUAUAAAGAACCUAUAAGUAUUCUAUAAAGAACCUAUAAGUAUUCUAUAAAGAACCUAUAAGUAUUCUAUAAAGAACCUAUAAGUAUUCUAUAAAGAACCUAUACGUUUUCUAUAAAUAACCUAUAAGUAUUGUGUAAAUAACCCAUAAGUAAUCUAUAAAGAACCUAUAAGUAUUGUGUAAAUAACCUAUAAGUAUUCUAUAAAGAACCUAUAAGUAAUCUAUAAAGAACCUAUAAGUAUUGUGUAAAUAACCUAUAAGUAUUCUAUAAAGAACCUAUGAGUAUUCUAUAAAUAACCUAUAAGUACUGUGUAAAUAACCUAUAAGUAUUGUGUAAAUAACCUAUAAGUAUUGUGUAAAGAACCUAUAAGUAUUGUGUAAAUAGUGUUCUACUGUUUCUCCUCUCUCAGCAGCACAAUACAUCCAUGGCUGUUUGGUGCUGAUCCAAGUCCAGCUCUGCUCCUGGGUUUACCCGUUUAGCCCAGACUGACAAUGUAAACUACUGUAUUAGAAUAUAUCAGACCGUUAUAAAAGUGUUGUUUUCUACAGUAUGUAAAGUCAUCAGAAGAGAGGAUUUACCAACUAUAAAUCAGGGUUUCCCAAACUCGGUCCUGGAUCUCCCUCUGCGUGCAUUUUUGUUCUUCUGCCCUAGCACUACACAGUUAAUUCAAAUCAUCACAGCUUGACGAGGAGUUGGCUAUUUGAAUUAGCUGUGUGGUGCUAGGGCAAAAACCAAAACGUGCACCCUUGGGUGGGUGGGUGGGGGAGGGGGGACUGAGUUUGGGACACCCUGAACUAUAUUACUGACAUAAACAUCAGUGUCCAUCCAUCUAUCCUGAUCAUUAAUGUACGUAUUUCCUGCCAUGAGAACAGUGACCUGUCUGUAAAUAGCGUAUAUAUAGAACAAUAAUAUAACACGCAACAAUUUCAGAUUUGACCGAGUAACAGUUCAUACACGGAAAUCAGUCAAUUGAAAAAAAUAAUAAUAAUUGGGCCCUAAUCCAUGGAUUUCAUAUGACUGGGAAUACAGAUAUGCAUCUGUCACAGAUAAAAGGUGUUGGAUCAGAAAGCCAGUCAGUAUCUGGGUGUAACCACCAUUUGCAUCAUGCAGCUGUGUAAUGUUGUCCCACUCCUUUUCAACGGCUGUGCAGAGUUGCUGGAUAUUGGUGGGAACUGGAACACGCUGUCGUAGACGUCGAUUCAGAUCAUCCCAAACAUACUCAAUGGGUGACGUCUGGUGAGUAUGCAGGCGAUGGAAGAACUGGGACAUUUUCAGCUUCCAGGAAUUGUGUACAGAUCCUUGCGACACGGGGCCGUACAUUAUCAUGCUGAAACAUGAGGCGAUGGCGGCGGAUAAAUGACACGACAAUGGGCCUCAGGAUCUCGUCACAGUAUGUUUGUGAAUUAAACUUGCCAUCGAUAAAAUGCAAUUGUGUUUUGUCUGUAGCUUAUGCGUGUCCAUACCAUAACUCCAUGGGGCACUCAGAAAACCUCUCACCUACACAACACCAUACACAUGGUUUGUGUUAUGAGGCCGGUUGGACGUACUGCCAAAUUCUCUAAAACAACGGAGGCAGUUUAUGGUAGAGAAAUUAACAUUGAAUUCUCUGGUAACAGCUCUGGUGGACAUUUCUGCAGUCAGUAUGCCAAUUACACGCUCCCUGAAAACAUGACAUUGUUUUGUGUGAAAAAACUGCACAUUUUAGAGUGGCCUUUUGUCCCCUGCACAAGGUGCACCUGUGUAAUGAUUAUGGUGUUGAAUCAGCUUCUUGAUAUGCCACACCUUUCAGGUGGAAGGAUUAUCUUGGCAAAGGAGAAAUGCUCACUAACAGGGAGGUAAACAAAUUUGCCACAACAUUUGAGAGAAAUAAGCUUUUUGUUUGUAUGGAACAUUUCUGGGAUCUAUUUCAGCUCAUGAAAACACUUCACAUGUGUUUAUAUUCUCAUUCAGUGUAAAAAUUAAUAUGACACUUCAUUAAUAAAUGCAUAAUGCUGAUGAAAUCUA